GAUUUAGGUCAUGUGGGGUGGUGGAGCUCGGAGCCGUGAAAUUCUUUAAGAGUCUGUUUUUUGAAAGUCUAAUAUAUUGAGCACAAACAGAUUCAUAUUUCCUGGAGAGAUUUGUUGCAGCAUGCAGAACGUUAUUAACUCGGUGAAAGGCACUGCUCUGGGGGUGGCAGAGUUUUUAACGCCUGUUUUGAAGGAAUCUAAAUUUAAGGAAACUGGGGUUAUAACUCCAGAGGAGUUUGUUGCUGCUGGAGAUCAUCUGGUUCAUCACUGCCCGACAUGGAAAUGGGCCUCUGGGGAAGAAGCAAAGGUGAAGCCCUAUCUGCCCAAAGACAAACAGUUUCUAUUAACCCGAAAUGUGCCGUGCUACAAGCGCUGUAAACAGAUGGAGUACUCGGAUGAACUUGAGGCCAUUAUAGAAGAGGAUGAUGGUGACGGAGGAUGGGUUGAUACUUAUCACAAUUCUGGUGUGACAGGGGUGACAGAAGCAGUUCGGGAAAUCUCAUUGGAUAAUAAGGACAGCAUGAAUAUGAAUGUGAGGACAGGUGCAAGUGGAAACGGUGAUGAUGAGGAUGAUGAAGCAGAAGCAGAAGCAGCAGACAUGGAAGAAUAUGAAGAGAGUGGACUUCUGGAGACAGAUGAUGCCACUCUUGACACAACCAAAAUCGCUGAUAUGAGUAAAAGUAAGACGGACGCUGGCGGAGAAGAUUCAAUCUUACAGACUAGAACUUAUGAUCUCUAUAUCACAUAUGAUAAAUAUUACCAGACACCAAGACUAUGGCUGUUUGGAUACGAUGAGGACAGACGGCCUCUGACGGUGGAUCAGAUGUAUGAAGAUAUCAGUCAGGAUCACGUAAAGAAAACUGUCACCAUUGAGAAUCACCCCAACCUGCCUCCACCUGCGAUGUGCUCUGUGCAUCCAUGCAGACAUGCAGAAGUGAUGAAAAAGAUCAUCGAGACAGUGGCAGAAGGAGGCAACGAACUUGGGGUCCAUAUGUAUCUUUUGAUUUUCUUGAAAUUUGUGCAGGCUGUCAUUCCUACAAUAGAAUAUGAUUACACAAGGCAUUUCACCAUGUAACUCUUCAUUUGGCUGCCCAUAACUAUGACCUCAUAUUAACUGUAUUAUGCGAAUAGUGGCUGUUAAAGCAGUGUGAAAGUAAAAACAAAACUGCCUUGGAAAGACUCUUGAAUCUCAUAAAUUCUAUGAAACGCAGAGAGGGGGUCUUGGAUGGAUCAGCCACAAACGUUUAAAUCCACUUCUCUCAAUUAUUCUUCAGCUUCUUCUUUGUGUUUGUCAUAUGUUCUUAAUAACUCUUUCCUAAACCUACAAUUUUUAUUUGAUAUAUACCAUGAAACAAGUCGUACUCUCAGUUUUAACAGAAAAAAAUAAAUGGCUGUCAAAAUAUUUUGGUGGUAUGUGUAUGGUCAGUAUCACUUCUCAGAUGUGAGCUGAACUUUAAAUCACGUGUUGACUUGAACAGCUUGUCACAACGUUGUUCUCUGAAUGUCGGAGCCACACUAUUGUUGUGGAAAAUAUCUUUAAAUUUGUUGGUGCGUAUCAUAAUUAAUGUAUGUGUGGUUUUGAACUUGUCCGUGUAUUGUUGAAGUAAUACAAAAGGAAGCUCUUAUGCAAAUUAUUGAAUCUAUUGCAAAAGCUUAAUGGGUGUAAUAUGUUAUUGUGGUCCACGGGUAAACAGCACAACAUAGUUCUUAAUGAUAACUAAAGAACAUCAUUCAACGUCAUUUAAGACGGUGAGCAGCUCUUAAUUGUAUGGCCCUGUGCACAUAUACAAAAUGUACAUUUAUUAAUAAAACAUUUUAUAAACAGUU